GAAAUAUCAUCUGAUCUGUACUUUUUUACUAUAGAUUAAUAACCACUAGUCAUCUUCUAAUUUUAGAUACAGAAAGUUUUCUUAAACAUUGGAAAAACAGCUAUAUCUUCCACACAAGACCAUACAUCACGCAAGCUAUUUGGUGUUCUGUUAAUCUAAUUUACUCAAAAAGUUUGUUGUUCUGAGUUGUAAUCAUUAGACCUAGCUAUUUGAAUUUAAUUUCUACACCAAACAUUGCAUGACGUCUCAGAAAAAGUUUUUAAUGUUAAUUCAAGGGAUUACAUCAUCACCUGAGGAACCUAAAUUGAUGCAAAGAUGAAUCAUUUUGUUCUUCAACACAAUUCUUAUGCAACCCCAGAAAUUAGUUUUAACCAGAAGGGUACAUUCUUUUAUCCCAAACCAAUUCCAAGAAAGCAAUUAGGAUGGAAAUUUUGCCAAGAAAAUGAAGGGCAUGAUUCAAAUGUAGGAACAGAGCUUCUAGAUAUCAUUCAAAACAAGGAAGUUUCAUCAUCACCACCUUAUUUUCUUGGCUCUCCUCCUGUUAGAGUUUCUAAUCCUUUGGUUCAAGAUGAGCAAUUUACAUGGGAGGAACACAUUCCUCAAUCAACACCUGUAGUUUCAUCAUCACCAGGUUUAUCAUCUCCUUCUUCUGCAUCAUCUGGUUUAUCCUCUCCAUCUUCACCGUUUCGGAAAGGUGGUUGUGUUAGAAUGAAGUUUGGAGUUAAAUCAGCUAAGGUUAGAGUUGUAGGAUUUGAUUGCCAUGUUCCAGCUGUUGCUUAUUGAUCUUGAUUCAAAGGAAGUGUACAUAGAAGACAAAUGCAAUCAAAGGGUGAAGCAGUGGAUCAACAAGAGAUGACAAAUUCCAGUUAAUAAAUUAUAUGUUGGUAUCUAAUAUAUAUUUACAUAUUGUAUAUAUCAAAUUGUUUUGGAUAGUGAUG